AUGUGACAAAAUUACCCAAAAAUAGCAGUCUGUAAAAAAAAAAAAAGUCUGGUUGGAAUGGCCAGUUCAACCUGAGUACAAUGCUGCAAGAAUUUUGAUAAUCAGAUGAUGAUUUUUUUGUGUGUCGGAACAGGGAACGUUUUUGAGUGCUAUUUGCCUGUAGAGAAUUUACUCAAAAACGUACUUAAAAUUAGAAUAAAAGAGUGUGACUUAAUUACAGUGCUUUGAUAAAGUAUUCAUACCCUUUGAACUUUUUCACAUUUUGUGACCUUACAAUCACAAACUUGAGUGUAUUUUGUGGAAAUUUGAUGUGAUAGACCAACACUAAGUAGCACAUAAUUUUGAAGUGGAACAAAAAAAAAUGAUACACAGUUGUUAAAAUUUCAAGCAAAUAUAAAUCUGAAGUGUGACGUGCAUUUAUAUUCAGCCAACUGGACUCUAAUUCCCCUGAAUAGAAUCCAGUGCAAUCAAUUGCUUUAAGUCACCAAGUUAGGAAAUAUAGUCCACCUGUGUGUAACUUACUCUCAGUGUAAAUACACCUGUUCCGUGAAGGCCUUAGUGGUUUGUAGGAGAACACUAGUGAACAACAGCGUCAUGAAGACCAAGGAACUCACCAGACAGGUCAGGGAUGAAGUUCUAGAGAAGUUUAAAACAGGUUUAGGUUAUAUAUUAAAAAAAAUAAUAAUUAGCCAGAGCAUUAGUGAUGGUCAGAUGAAGCUUCAUGAGGCAUGUUAACGCUUCAGUGAAUUGGCUGGAGUAAUGGUUAAUUUCUUGAUGCUUUAUGUGCACACGAAACCACCUGCUGGCCAUGCGCAUAACCACAGGAAGCUGUUCUUAACCACAUUAUGUGGGACGCAUUGCAUUUCUGCCUCUGUUUUGGCCCUUGUCAAAGACAUUGUAUUACAAAACAAUUUUUGACCAAAGAAUUUCUCGGCACAAAGUGUAUAAUAGAUUAUUUUUAAGCAUAUUCUCUGUGUGCGUAAAAUGUUUCCAAAAUGGUAGUAUCAUAUGCUAUGUCAGGUUGUAUCAUGUUUUUCUGUCACUUUAAGCAGACAGGACUGUGAAAGUGCUUGCGGAACCAGGACGAAGGCACUGCAAUUGCUUGUGUAACUUGGACAAUGGCGUAUAGAACGGGUGAAUUUGUAUUCAGAAAUAACAGCUUCUCAACAGUUCUUUUGUUUCAAGUGAUUCACCAAAGAGCAGGAUUAUAUAAAUUGCCGUACGGUAAUUUUUCCUCUCCCGUAGUGUUUCUUCUACCCAUUUGCUUGGAACAAAAUAGACACAUCACCUUUGAAUUAAAUAAGAAAUUGUAGGAAAAUACAGUUCUUGAUAAACAAACGUAAUUUAUGUUUGAAGUAAUGAUAGUUAUCUAUCCUGCACGGUGCUGCCUGAGGUUCGAAAUUGCACGACCACUGAGUGACAUCUGGUACUGUGCGAGCUGUAAUCCGUUACAGUCGCUCGCUCUCUCGACUGUCCAAGCUUUCCAUCCAUCCAUCCAUUUUCUGAGCCGCUUAUCCUCACUAGGGUCGCGGGCGUGCUUGGAGCCUAUCCCAGCUGUCAUCGGGCAGGAGGCGGGUUACACCCUGAACUGGUUGCCAGCCAAUCGCAGGGCACAUCGAAACAGACAACCAUUUGCACUCACAGUCACACCUACGGGCAAUUUAGAGUCUCCAAUUUAUGCAUGUUUUUGGGAUGUGGGAGGAAACCGGAGUGCCCGGAGAAAACCCACGCAGGCACGGGGAGAACAUGCAAACUCCACACAGUCGGGGCCGGGGAUUGAACCCGGGUCCUCAGAACUGUGAGGCUGACGCUCUAACCAGUCGUCCACCGUGCCGCCUGUCCAAGCUUUCGCCAAACACAAAAAAUAAACACAUUUUAAAUGGAGAGCCCGCAUGAAGGGUUUAUAUUGCUGUCAAACGUCCCGGCAAAAUCUGAAGCACUUCCCGAAUCGGUCACGUGGUAUAGCUGGGAAGCGAGGUUUCAGACGUCAUCAUUUCCGUCUCCUCGCCUAAAUGAAGCAAGCCUCGAUACGCACUUUGUGGAAACGCCCCAUCCAUUACCUGACACAUGCUUUGAAGCGUAACAUCACUACCAAGCUUUGAACAUCUCAAAGGGCACCGUUCAAAUCCAUCAUACGAAAAUAGAAACAAUAUGGCACAACUGUUAAUCUACCAAGACAUGGCCGUCCACCUAAACGAAAGCGAGCGAGGAGAGCAUUUGUCAGAGAAGCAGCCGAGAGGCCCAAGGUCACUCUGGAGGAGCUGCAGAGGUCCACAGCUCAGGUGGGAAAAAUCUGUCCACAAGUCGUGUACUCAACAAAUCUGGCAUUCAUGGAAUAAUGGCAAGAAGAAAGCCGUUGUUGAAUAGUGCCGUUUGCAGUUUGCUACAAUCCAUGGAGGGGUCACGGCAAACAGUGACGAGCAGUGUUCGUUUUCUGCCACACAUUAUCCCCACUGUGAAACAUUGCAACAUCAUGCUGUGGGGAUGCUUUUCUUCAGCUUGGACAGGAAGGCUGGUCAGAGUUGAUGGGAAGAUGGAGUUAAAUACGGGGCAAUCCUGGAAGAAAACCUUUUGGAAGCUGCAAAAAACAGGGAAAAUAGAUUAAUCUUACAGCAAGACAAUAACCCUAAACAUAAAGCCGGAGCUACAAUGAAAUGGUUUAGAUCAAAGAAUAUUCAUGUUACAAUGGCCCAGUCAAAGUCCAGAACCAAAUCCCAUUGAACAUUGUGGCAAGACUUGAAAGACAGACGCUCUCAGACGCUCUCCAUCCAAUCUGGCUGAGCUUGAGUAAAUUUGCAAAAAAAGAAUGGGCAAAAGUAUCAGUGCCUAGAUGUGCAAAGCUGGUAGAAAGGCAAAGCGGACGGGGUGUCGAACUGUGGGAAAAAGGGAACAACAGUCUCAGGGCCAUGAGCAUUUGAGGGCCCCUAGCUGUCCGGCAGCCCCACCACUCCCCUGUCGACAUCAAAUAUAUGGUGGGAAAACUAUGUCCAGCCCCGGUUGACAAGUAUCUGGAAGGAAAAUUCUCCAACCCCCCCGACGACUUGAUGACUUUUGGAGGGGGUUCUCCAUGAAGGUGUUAUUGAUGCAGGGGGCUGAAUACAAAUGCACAACACAUUUUUCAGAUUUUAUAUUUGAUAACCCAGGAUAGAUACUGUAUGCUCAUCCCUAGUUUAUGAGAUUAGUCGGCAACUGAACACAAGUACCUGCGCUUAACAUGGGCUUGCUUUUGGCGAGCUGUGACCUUUUUCGGGUGGCAGCUGGCUCCUGCGUUUGGCCCUUUUGGUGGUUGCUCUCCAAGGUUGGUAAAAGUGGUGGCAUCGGUGGGGUGCGCGGGGUGUGGGGAGUGGUGGUCCGUUACCCUUGGCCCUCCCUUUUGGACUGUUCGGGGCGCUUCAGUUGGGCUGGGGGACCGCCCUGGGUCCUGGGGAGUGAGUGGCGUUCCCCUGCCUGGGUCCCCCGCUGGAUGGGCUCACUGGCUUGGCUCUCCCUUGCAGGUGGAGGGGGCUGGGCCCACCCUUCCAUAAUGUGGCGGCUCAGCAACUCUGUAGAGGUUAUGGUUUUAAUUCAUUAAUUAGUUUCAUAGACACGCUAUAGGUUUUAAUUGCUUGUUCUGGGACCACGAACAAUAACACAGGUUAUAUUAAGAUAUCAAAUCAUAGGUUCUUUCAGAUGUUUAGAAACUAUAAAAGUAUCCCUCUGCACCACUCAUCAGUAGCACUGCCUUGCUCAUUUCCCACAUCCUGUCCUCCCCUGUCAUUUUCUGUUCUCUCUCAUCAUGUCCUAUUGGGUGUUGCAUUGUCGAGAAGAGAUGACAGUGCAUCCAUCCAUCCACUUUGUAUAUUACUUGUCCUCGUUAGGGUUGCGGGUAAGUUGGAGCCGAUCUCAGCUGACUGGUAAUCUAUGUGUGUCCUGCGAUUGACUAAUGACUAGUCCAGGCUGUAGCCUUUCCCCAGUAGUCAGCUGGGAUAGGUUCCAGCUCCCCGUGACCCUGAACAAGAUGAUAUACGUGUCCUUUCUGGUGUCUAGAUGAUUUGACAGAGGACGAUAUCUGCUGCGUCAUGGCCCGAUCUGUUUGUGCAAAGUCUGCGUUUGAGCUAUGGGGCCAUGGACCAAACCACAGUGAGCUCAGAACAUCCUUACUGAGCUACCCAGAACAGAACAUGUUGCCAUUCUUGCACAAAGACUCAACAUACAGAAUAAAUGUUUAUACCUUCAAUAAAACCUUGGACUUCACAGAAAGAAUUAAACGAAUUGAUGCAAUGGAUUACCUGCCAUUUCAGGGUGUUGUAAAUCUAAAGAACCCUCAGCACAUCUUCUGCUUACUGGAAGAUUAUGGCACUGACCCAAACAACAUCCCUGAGCAUCCAGAUUACAUUUAUUUUGGCCGAUGGAUAGCGGAUGGUCAGCGAGAAUUGAUUCGUUCUCACAGUGUGAAGAACAGACACUUUAUUGGAAACACCAGUAUGGAUGCCGGCCUCUCCUUCAUCAUGGCCAACCAUGCCAAGGUCAAAAAGCAUGAUCUUGUCUUUGACCCAUUUGUUGGCACUGGAAGCCUGUUGGUUGCUUGUUCUCAUUUUGGAGCGUACGUGUGUGGAUCGGAUAUUGAUUACAACACUAUUCAUGGCAAAGGAAGGUCAAGCCGCAAAGAUCAGACGUGGCGAGGACCUGAUGAGAACAUCCGUGCCAACCUGCGACAGUAUGGAACAGAGAAGAUGUAUGUGGAUGUGAUGGUGUCUGAUGCAUCCAAGCCUGUUUGGAGGGACGUCGCUCUCUUUGAUGCCGUCAUUACCGAUCCUCCAUAUGGUAUACGUGAGUCCACAAGAAGAACAGGCUCCCAAAAAGAAACUACAAAACCUGCAGAUGGCAUCUAUGCCGAGUCGCAUGUGGCCGUAUCCCAGUCCUACCACCUGAGUGAAAUAUUAGCUGACAUGCUAAACUUCUCUACACAUCGCCUGGUCAUGGGAGGGAGGCUGGUCUACUGGCUGCCCGUUUAUAGGCCAGAAUACUGUGAGGAAAUGGUUCCCCUCCAUCCAUGUCUGCGGCUCAUUAGCAACUGUGAACAGAUGCUAUCAAGCCACACGUCCCGUCGCCUGAUCACCAUGGAGAAGGUCAAAGAACCAGAGGAACUAGAUGGUCUGGCUCAUCUGUCGGACCCUCGCUUCAGUGCCUACCAGGGACACAACACCUUCAGAGAGAAGUACUUCAGUGGACUCAACAAGAGGCUUAGCAAAGAGAACAAAUCUGAUUCCAAUGGGGACUCAAUCAUUUGAACAGAGCAAGGCUCAAAUAAUGACUGUUGGCAGGCUCCAAAAGAAAGCAAAGACAAAACACCCGCCAAUUCAUUAAAUUCCCCUGUAAAAUAACCAAAAGAAGAGGUGUAGAAAAACUCAUGUAAUUAUUCUUCGUUUCGAUUGACACAGAGGUAUGGAAGGUGAAUAUCAUACUGUGAGGUGUUUGAGCAGUUUGACCACAAAAUUAGACACUUAAUGAAUUCCUAUGACAGUCAUGACACAAACAGAAUUACUGUGUUACCUUCAUAAAGGCAGUAUUUUUGAACAGUUUUUAAAGAUCAACUGAUUGUGCGGCUGUAUGUAUUGUUGUCCCAUGUGAGUGUAACAAAUCUGUAAUACAUUUUUAGUCUGUUUUUAUUAUUUGUACUAUUUUCUAAUAAAUCCGUAAGCACACAGCAUA